GUCCUUCCGCUCCCCCUCGCCCUGUCCUUCGACGUAUCUAAUUAUAUUGAAGGUAGCGUCAUUACUACCGUGGUUAUCGACAAUGCCAUUGUUAGCUUCGUCCAAGAAUUCCAGGCUGAGAAGAAAGUGGGCUCUCUCCGCGCACUUUCAUCGCCAACAGCCACAGUUCUCCGCAAUGGGGGUGUUAGGGUGAUUCCUUCUGUGGAAAUCGUGCCCGGAGAUGUGGUUAUUGUCAAGAGGGACGACAAAGUCCCGAUCUAAUGAAGGAUCUUCGAGUCAAUGAAUUUGGAAUGUGAUGAGAAGAUCUUGGCAGGAGCUAUUCCCGCUGCCAAAACUCUCGAUGCAGGCUUCUCCGGUCGCUCCGAGCUAGACAGUAGUGUCAGUGAUCGCAUUGAUAUAGCACAUUCUUCCUCGACCAUCACCAAAGGCCGCGUUCGCGCUAUUUGCAUCUUUACGGGCACGUACACCGAAAUUGGGAGGAUCGCAAAAUCAAUGCAAGAUUCAAAGCGGGGCAGGAAGCCAAAUCGAUAACUAUCUCGCAAGAAAGCACGGAGACUUGCAGCCCGCGAAAAGAAUGCACAAACGCUAGUAUCAAAGUCCAUAUGCUGAC